GGCCGCGAAAGCGCAGCGCCAUUGCCAUGGCAGUCCCCGCGGUCGUCGCUGCUCUGUCCGUCGCAUGUUUCAUCUGUCUGACCGGAGCCUACGACCUGGUCCCGUCCGGGUCGACGGUCGUGGCGAGUGGCGGAGGGUUGUACCUGCGCUAUAUGGACGUGUUCCCCAACCUGACGGAGUGUGCUGUCGAGGCGCCAGGCAUUGGGAAAGCGGUGCUCACCGGGAACAGGACGACGUGGCCGCUCUACUUCGGCACGGGCUAUGAAAAAGGCAGCUGUGCUGCAAUUAUGCUGAACAUGACUGCCAACAAUGCGGGGCUUUGGAAGCUGCAAGCAACCUUCCAGGAGAAUGACACGAAAAAGGUUGAGAUUCAAGGCGUCAACGUAACUGUCAGUGACGCGCCGAGCAAGCCGUCGCCGGUGACGAUGCAGCUGCCGUUCGGCGACGUGUCGGCCAUCCAGGUGGGCAGCGAGGACAGCGUGUACUGCAUGCUGCGCGACCCCCUGGGCCACACCGUCAGUGUGGGCUCGGGCUUCUGCCAGCACACCGUCACAACGAUGGACCAGGGCGUCUGGACCGCCACCUACGCCCUGCCGGGCAGCCUGCAGGAGAUCGAGGUCAACUACACUGUCGAAGCCGUGAAGGUGGAGCUGUUUACGAGCGUGCAGCCUUCGUCGUCGGUGCCGGGCGGGCUGGACCUGCUGUGCCGCCUGCCCGCCCUCUACCGGUCGGGGCUGCUCUUCUGCCGCAUGGUGCACCCCAACGGCACCGGCAUUCAUCUCCAGGAGGGACUCUCUGACGGCAUCUACAGUUACUACGGAGGCGGUCUGACGCGAGACAUGACGCACGACUGCGGCGUCACCAUCCACCGGCCGACGGAGAGCGAUCUGGGCCCCUGGAAGUGCAUCUUCGCCUUCGCCACCGGCCUGGAGGGAGGCUACAUCUACGUCACCAACAACACACUGCCCGAGCCGGUGACGCAGGGAGAGGCGCUGACGGAGAGCGUGGUGGCGCUGAGCGGCGUCAACGUGACGGUGGGCUGCCGUGCGCCCGUCUCGCUCGGCUCCUGCUGGUUCCGCCACCCGGACGGCUCGCUCGUCACGCCGGAGAUGUUCGGCCUGGGCCGCUACGGCUACUUCGGCGACGGCCUCUCCCUGGGCUCCUGCAGCGUGCGCUUCACCGCCCAGCCGCGGGACUCGGGCCGCUGGACAUGCUACAUGGGCGUGCCCGACCACAUCGACGGCGACCUCUACGCCACCGUAGACGUCCAGAUCAUAGAGGAACCUUUGGAGGCGAUACAGAAAGAAGUUGUUGCCACGGAGCGAGGACAUACAACAAUAGGAUGCAGAUCUGUUACUGGGGACGGGCUGAACAACUGCCGCUUUGUUCAUCCGAAAGGCUGGGGCAUGACGUUCAGCGGACAAAAGGAUGCGAGUGCAGUCAAGGGCAGAUACAGAUACGCUGGAAAUGGUCUUUCCCAUGGUGAAUGUUUCCUGAGAAUUACUGACGUGAGAGAAGAGGACUUUGGGGAAUGGGUGUGUGCAGCUGCAUUGGAAGGACAGGAAGUUGGAGAAACAUUGACUAUAAUAAACAUUGUCGAAGAAGGAGGUCUCAGCACUGGUGCAAUUGCUGCAAUAGUUUCAAUAUGUCUGGUUGCAUCUGCUGUUGGAGUAGCUAUGAUUCUUGGAUACAGAAAGAGAAGAAAAAGUUCUCGUGUAUAGUAUUUGUCUAUGUUGAACAACAAGUGAUGACAGCAGCUACACAGUACUGCUGCUCUAAUACACUGAUGACAACAGUUUCAUUGAAAAAUACCAAAUUGUGUUUUAUGUCUCAAAUGCAACCACAUGAAUUUCAGGAUUCAUCAAGUUGAUUUUAUUGCGAAGCAUCAUUCAACUAACAUGUAAAAACCUGAUUUAUGAACUGUAGAAAAAUGUAAACAUUCUGUUAAAUUUGUGUCAUAUAAGGAAGUAGAUUUCCUAGCGAAUUUCAGCGAUGACAUCUUCUUGAAUUAUCAGCAGACUACCAGUCUGUUAUCUAACCGAUAAAACAAGAAAAUUUCAUUUGAGUUUCAGAUGUUUACAACAAUAUUAAACAAAUAACUGGGUACUAUUGUUUCUGUUAUAGCUAUAAUACAACUGUGGUUAUUCUUAUUGUGGUCUUAAACAGUCAGCAGUUUUGCUAAUAACUGUUCAACAAUGGUAUAGUAUCAGUUAUUUUUUAAUUUAGAGAUAAUUUAGUGUGUAACAAUUAAUUUUAUUAUGUUAUUUUGGAUACUGCAGAGGUUGCCUGAUCUAAUAUCUUUCAUUAUAGCCUGCCAGUCGAUUAUCAUUCCUCUGCCAUGCUUCAUUUCAUCUAAAGGAAAUUCAACAAAUACCAAACUGAAUUUUUACCGAAUCGUCCCUUCCAUGAAAUUCAGAAAUAAAUUGAAACAGAAAUGCGUAGUGGGAUGAAAAGCACCUCUCUGUUGCAGGGAUAGUCUUGUUGACAAAGACAUCAUAGUAGCACAAAGCUAAACUCAAAAUAUUGGAAAUAACUGAAAAAUUGCGGAUUGAAAAUAAUAUCUUAGUCGAGAAAGACGGAAGAAAAGUUGUGAGAAAAAUUGAAGAGGUUGGCAAAUAGGGGUACAAUCUAAAAAGAGAAAGUAAAGAGAAGUGAUUUGAUGAUGUCAGUAGUGAAUGGUGACAGUAAAAAAAUCUGCAGAAGCAUUUUACAACUGCUAAAUGAAAUGUCUAACACAAAAAAACACAAUUCUGUCAAUGCUGCCUUCAACUACAUUAUACUUCUGUGUAAUAACAAAGACUAUUACUGAGCAUAAAUAUGAUUUAAACAGUGAAUGUAAAUGAGUUCUUGGAUACAGAAUAAAACUCACGUCAGCAGGCAAUGUCUUCAAUGGCGAUAAUACGAUAUAAAUGUGGACAGCACAAAUACAGGGAAAGACAGUACAAGCCAGUACAAGUACUCCAAAUGUUAAGAUGUAAGAGGACAGAUAGGUAUGGGCUGAGUACAAUUAUCUGUAAGUGAUUUGUGUAUUUAUAUCUGUUGUUUGUGCCACAGUUGUUUAGCUUUUUUUGAUUAGUUGUAGGAUAAGCUUAAUAGAAUUUUGAAUGCACCUGUAACAAAAAAACUAAAAAAAUAGUCAGAUAUCUACAUUUUGGCUAUAUAUUGAUGUAAUAACAAUUCAGGUGGGGAGGGGUGGGGGAAGAAGAACAAGGAGGUACUAUUCUUAGCACUACUAUGUAAAUAUUAGCUUAAGAGAUUCAAUAAUUAAUCCCAAUGUUGCUCCAACCAUGACCUCUAAAUUUGGUGAUUAUGCCCUUCUAUCUGUUCUUAAAUACAGUUUGUAAAUCGAGCUUCCAAACUGUAAAGGGACAUUUUACCAGAUGGGAAGCAGUAGAUUAACUCGUUAGUAAAAUAUCAUUCCUGUAACUUUCUUUUAUUCAAAAGAAGUGGUAAAGUUAACCUGUAAUUGAAUAUAUAUAUAAAGGAGCCAUGUGGACAAAUGUCUUUGAGAAUAAAGAAAAACGUUAAUUACCUUCACAAACAUUCA